AUGGAGCUUCGCAAAGCCAUCUUAGCCUUUCUGUUGAUCUUAUUGUAUGGCGGGGUUAAGGCAUUGAGUAGAAGGGACUACUCUUUGGUAGAGAAGAGUGAGAGGAGACCUUUAGUUGUUUCUGAAUAUGGAACGGUCUCCGCCGUUGAUGUCCAAGCCGGCCAUGGUGCACCCUUACACCAUCUUCAGUUCAUCACAUUGGAACCUAACUCUCUCUUCCUUCCCGUCCUUCUCCAUGCAGAUAUGCUCUUAUAUGUCCACACAGGGAGUGGAAGAUUGACUAGCGCAGAUGAAGAUGGAACAAAGAGCAUUGAUUUACGUGUAGGAGAUCUGUGCAAGCUGGAUGAAGGAACUGUUUUUCAUAUACAGAGCAACUCUCAAGAACUUACCCUCUAUGCCAUGUUUGCCAAUUCAGACGAUCACACUUAUGAUCCUUCAAUCGGUGCUUACUCAAGGGUCAACGAACUCAUCAAAGGCUUUGACAAGAGAAUCAUUCAAGCAGCAUUUCAGGUUCCGGAGGAUUUGGUUGAGGCGAUCACAAAGAAGAGCAGCAUCCCAGGAAUAGUGCAUAGCAAGAAUGCGACUUCAGAGGAGCAGCAUGCUCCAAAGGAUGAGAUAGACCUGGAGGCUUCUCUUCUUGGAAACAUUUUAGGGAUUCAUAGCAGCAACAAAGAGAAAACCAAAUACAACAUCUUUAAACAUGACCCUGAUUUCAGAAACCGCCACGGUUGGACCCUAACCGUCACUAAAAAGCAGCUCAAAGCAUUGAAGCACACCAACCUCGGAUUUCUCAUGGUUAAUUUGACCGCGGGAUCAAUGUUGGGACCACAUUGGAACCCAAGGUCUGCAGAAAUAGCAGUGGUGUUGUACGGACGAGGCAUGGUUCGUGUGUUAUGUGGAAGCAGCAGCAGCAAUGAUGUUGAUAAGCAGAGAAGGAGGAGAGAAUGCAAGAAUAGGAGGUUUAAGGUUGAGGAAGGUGAGGUGUUUGUGGUGCCUAGGUAUCAUGCAAUGGCUCAGAUGUCGUUCCAGAAUGAGUCACUGGUGUUUCUGGGGUUCACCACAAGUUCUAAAAAGCAUACCGAUGUUCGGUUCUUGGCUGGAGACACGUCCGUGCUUCAAAACAUGAACAGAGAUGUAUUGGCCACCUCUCUUGGCGUCAGUAACGCCACCGUUGGCAGGCUUCUUCGUAAUCAGAACGAGUCUGUGAUAUUCGCCUGUAAUUCUUGUGCGGAGGAAGAGAGAAGAAGAGAGGAGGAAGAGGAUGCAAGAGAGAAGGAGAGAGAAGAAGAAGAAGAUGAGAAGGAAAGGAAGCGACAAGAGGAGGAAGAGGAGGAGGAGGAAGCAAGGAGAAGGGAAGAGGAAGAAGCAGCUAGGAGAAGAGAAGAGGAAGAGAGGGAGAGGGCUGAAGAGGAAGAGAGAAGAAGAGAGGAGGAGAAGGAGAAGGAGAAGGAGGAAGAGGAUGCAAGAGAGAAGGAGAGAGAAGAAGAAGAGAGGGAAAGGAAGCGACAAGAGGAGGAGGAGGAAGCAAGGACAAGAGAAGAGGAAGAAAGAGCUAGGAGAAGGGAAGAGAAAGAGAGAGAAAGGAAGCGACAAGAGGAGGAGGAGGAAGCAAGGAGAAGGGAAGAAGCAAGAAGAGAGAGAGAAAGGAGAAGAGAAGAAGAAGAAGAGAGGGGAUCAGAGGCAGAGAGAGCUCAAGAGGAAGCUAGAAAAGAGAGGCAAAGGAGAAGAGAAGAAGAAGAGAUAGAAAGGGAGAGACAAGAGGAAGAAAGGAGAAGGGAGUUUGAAAGGAGAAGACAAGAAGCUGCUGAGAGGGAAAGACAAGAAGAAGGAGGAGAGAGGGAGGGAAAGCGCGAAGGGGGCGGUGGUGGUGGUUACCAUGUUCCAGUGGAAACACAAGUAGAAGGAAGGAGAGUGUUGAAGGCACGCCAUGUCUGAAGAGAGUUGCUUAUGGGUGUACUCAUGUGUAUAUACAAUAACCAGUAACAACCCAUCACCAUCUCUUUGUUUUCUUCUGUCUAUGCAUGUGUGCGCGUGUGGAUUACAUCACACUACUAAGAAUAACAACUCCAUCAAUCUCUUGUCUU